UCCAGCCAGAUGGACAGAUGCCAAGUGACAAAAUUACUGGAGGAGGAGAUGACUCCUUCAACACUUUCUUUAGUGAAACAGGAGCAGGGAAACAUGUUCCCAGAGCCAUCUUUGUUGACCUGGAACCAACUGUCAUUGAUGAGGUGCGCACAGGAACUUACCGGCAGUUGUUCCACCCUGAACAGCUGAUUACAGGAAAGGAGGACGCUGCCAACAACUACGCCCGUGGACACUACACCAUUGGGAAGGAAAUCAUUGAUCUUGUUCUGGACAGGACCCGUAAACUGGCUGAUCAGUGCACUGGUCUACAGGGAUUUCUAAUCUUCCACUCCUUUGGUGGAGGCACUGGCUCUGGUUUCACAUCCCUGCUGAUGGAGAGACUCUCUGUUGAUUAUGGCAAAAAGUCUAAGCUUGAGUUUGCCAUCUACCCAGCACCUCAGGUCUCCACAGCUGUAGUGGAGCCUUACAACUCCAUCCUGACCACCCACACCACCCUGGAGCACUCGGACUGUGCCUUCAUGGUGGACAACGAGGCCAUCUACGACAUCUGCCGCAGGAACCUUGAUAUUGAGAGGCCAACUUACACCAACCUGAACAGGCUGAUUGGCCAGAUUGUGUCUUCAAUCACAGCUUCCCUUCGCUUUGAUGGAGCCCUGAAUGUUGACCUGACAGAGUUCCAGACCAACUUGGUGCCCUACCCUCGUAUCCACUUCCCUCUGGCCACCUAUGCUCCAGUCAUCUCCGCUGAGAAAGCCUACCAUGAGCAGCUGUCUGUUGCUGACAUCACAAACACCUGCUUCGAGCCAGCCAACCAGAUGGUGAAGUGUGAUCCUCGUCACGGUAAAUACAUGGCCUGCUGUCUGCUGUACCGUGGUGAUGUGGUGCCCAAAGAUGUCAACUCUGCCAUCGCUGCCAUCAAAACCAAACGCACCAUCCAGUUUGUGGACUGGUGCCCCACAGGCUUCAAGGUGGGCAUCAACUACCAGCCUCCAACUGUGGUUCCUGGAGGAGACCUGGCCAAAGUGCAGAGGGCUGUGUGCAUGCUGAGCAACACCACAGCCAUCGCCGAGGCCUGGGCCCGCCUCGACCACAAGUUUGACCUCAUGUAUGCCAAGAGAGCCUUUGUCCACUGGUAUGUUGGGGAGGGCAUGGAGGAGGGAGAGUUUGCAGAAGCCAGGGAGGAUAUGGCUGCCCUGGAGAAGGAUUAUGAAGAGGUGGGGACUGACAACAUAGGGGAAGAUGAUGAAGGAGAGGAAUAUUGACUUUCCUAAGGCCUG